UCUCUCUGUCUCUCACUCUCCGCAAGUGGGAAAAAAAAAGGAGCGCUCUACACUCUCUCUCUCCAACUCCACUUUUUCUCUCUAUAUCUAAUCGAUAUACAUCGGUCGCCGUAUCUCUUCUUCCACUCCUCGUACUUGAUCCGCCGUCGAUUUCCGAUUCCGGUAGUUUACUUUCUCCUCCGCCGUCGUUUUCAGCUUAUUAGGGUUUACUUCGGAACCCUGCCCUAGGGUUAUGAAGCACAGCAGGCGGCCGUAAAACUCGCAGGAUUUGGUCUCCGGAUGGAGGGAGGUGUACACCGAUGGAUUAUGAUGACAACGAUUUUCAAGGCCAGAAUCUUCACUUAGCUGGUGAAGGGAGCUCAAAAUUCUCUCCCGUUCUGCAUCCAUAUGCUCUUCCCAAGUUUGAUUUUGAUGACGGCCUUCAGAGCCACCUGAGGUUUGAUAGCCUUGUUGAAAACGAGGUUUUUCUUGGCAUACCAAGUCAAGAAGACAAUCAGUGGAUUGAAGAUUUUUCUCGGGGAAGUAGUGGAAUAGAGUUUAGUCCAAGUGCUGCGGAAUCUUGCUCCAUCUCUAGGCGCAAUAAUGUUUGGUCUGAGGCAACAUCGUCUGAAUCUGUCGAAAUGUUGUUAAAAUCUGUUCGGCAGGAAGAGAUGGUCCCUGGGGACACGAUCAUUGAAGAAUCAGAUGCUUGUCGUGAAUUGGGUGGCUUGACGGAGGGAAUGGAGCAUCAUUUGAAGCAAGAUGAUGAAGCAAAGGAUGGUAUGAAUUUGGAACCUGCUGGGGCGUCGGCAUUCCUGAGUUCAAAUUUUUCUUGUGAAACGCAUGUUAUAAUUGGGUCUGAAGGAGUUGAUAGAAAAUGUGAUGAUACCACUCAAGCUGAAGUUGAUAAUUCACUUGAUGAUUCUCACGAUAUUAAGUUGCAAAAAGAUUCUUCUGGUGCAGGGAUGCAAAUUGGUGAUAUAGAUUCUGAUUCACAGGAUAUUGCUGUGGCAAGUGUUCAGUUGUUGAAAACUCAGGAACCUGAGCAUCAGGAUAGGGAGAUUAGUAUUGGUAAUACGAGUCGUUUAUCAUUAGGCAUUGGUAAGGCAGUGGAGAAUCAGCAGGUUCUUAGUGAGGACGCUGAUGCGGAUGAUCAAAUUUUGAAAGGAAUUGAGGUUAGUCCUGGUUGCCAAAAUUUAGAGGGAAUUCAUUCUCCUUCAGAGGCAACAUAUAUUGAAGAACAUAGGGUUGAAAGUGGUAUCAGCAAUAUUGAGGAAACUCUGAGCUUGCCACCUAAAGGGGAAAGCAAUUCACAGAUAGCUGAAGGGUGCAGCAAGGAUCUAAGAUCGACAGACCCUGAAAAGGCUAGCAAAUGUGAACCUGUGGAUUUGUCCCAUGACAACAUAGUUGCUGGGGGUGAUAGUAAUAUUGAAGAGCAUGCCAUUGAGGCCAUCACCAAGGAAGAUGGAAUUCCUUCCAGUUCAGAGCUGAAGAUUGAUCAGACCCGUCUGCAGGGAAGCGAUAACCAAUUAUGGAGUGAGGCUUCAGUCAGUUAUUCUGAGGCAUCUUUGAUGUCUGGGGUAGACAAUAAGCUUUUUGAUGGUCAGGGUGAUGGAAGCAGCAAUUAUGUGGGAGAUCUUCCUAGUUUGCAGAUAGCAUGCUCUUCAACUGAAUUGAUUGGAGAAAAACAUGCAGCUGAAAAUUUGGAAGGUAUGGGUGAUGCUUCUGCAGUCCACAACAAGGAUUUAGAUGCUGAAGAUCAUGCCUUAUCUCACAUGGCAGUUGGAUCGGUACAAACAUACAAAGGUAAUAUUGUCUCAAGUUCCAAUGAAGUGCAAUCUAACCAAGAUGUUUCUGUUAAUGAAAGAGAUGAUGGUGAGUUGCCUAAGGAUUCGAGUACUAUGGAUUCUGCCAUUGUUAAAUCACGUAGAAGUGUCGAGAGGGUUGCACAGUUGUCUCAAGUAGAUGAUAUGAAAGUAAAUAUCGAGUUAGCUCAUCAAUCAGAAUGGCUUGUUACCGCAGGAGAUGAACCAGCUUUAAAUGUUGUGGAACAGACAAAUGUGGCAUUGCAUGACACGGUCGAUGGUGCUCCAUUGCUUUCUGGGACUGUUACUACUGCAGAUAAAGGUUCUGAUCUCUUGGACAAAAACACGAAGACUGGAGGCGGAUCCCCAGAAGAUACAAAUUUGUUGUCCUUCAAGGAUGGUUCACAAGGGGCAAGUGAUCUAUGCCCUGUUUUGGAAGUUGAAAAAAGUGUCUCUCAGAGUUCCACUUUGGAGACAAGUAAUUUAGAUAGUUGGAUUGAACAAUCUGUUAAAUCGGGACACAAGGCGGAUGUUCAAUCAUUGCCAAUGGUGGAGACUUGUAAUAAAACAAGUGGGAGUGAACAAGUGGUGAAGGCCAAUGAAAUUAGUCAAACCUCUUCUUGUCAGUUGGAAGUUUGUCUUAAUCUUGGUGAUUCAGCAGUCAAAGAGGGUAGCAAGGCUGAAAGAUUACUUAGUCCUGGGAACUGUGAAAAAGCGGCUGUGCAGAGAAAUCAUGAAGUGGCACCAUCAAAAGUUGCAGGUGGAGGCCAUUCUGUGGAUUUUGUUAAACCUCUUUCUGGGAUGCCAACUGUCAGCUCCUUUGUCCUUUCUCAAAGUGAAAAAGAGGGUGUCAAGGAGUCCAUGGGUGGUACUGUUUCUCUUACUGAGAUCACUGUUCAGUCUACUUCCCACGAUGUUAGUGGAGACAAUCCUGCCAAAGAUGAGAGGGUUCAUCUGUCAGCAAGUCUAUCUGAAAGAGAGGCUACCAAGGAUGGGGAAUCAGUUACAGCCAUCCAGACAUGCACAAAACCGAUGAUUGUUGAGGGAUUCCCUUCAACACCUGCCGUAGUUCAGAUGGAUCCUAAGAUGGUAUCGGAACUUUCUCGUGGAAGUUCUCAAGCACCUGAUGGGGAGACUGCAAGUGGAGGUUCCAAAAGCACCCCGGAGCGUAAAACAAGGCGAGCACCAGGUAGGUCAACAAGGAAAGAAAAUUCCAGAAGAGGAAGCCAUGUCAAGGAAACUACCCCUGGGAAUGUUGAAAGCAGUCGUACAACACCACGUGCUGUUGUUUCCAUUCCUACCUCCAAUUUACCAGAUUUGAACACUUCAGCUCCACCCUCUGUAUCGUUUCAUCAGCCUUUCACAGAUUUACAACAAGUGCAAUUGCGAGCACAGAUCUUUGUUUAUGGAUCGCUGAUACAACGAGCAGCUCCUGAUGAAGCAUGUAUGGUUUCUGCCUUUGGAGCAUCUGAUGGCGGAAGGAGCGUUUGGGAGCCUGUUUGGCGCUCUUAUAUGGAAAGGGUUCAAGGUCAGAAGUCCCAUCCCAACAAAUCCGAAACCCUUGUGCAACCACGUUCAGGUGCUAGGCCUACUGAUCAACCAAUAAAACGUGGUGCACGUCAAAGUAAAGCGGUUCCUUCACCUCUUGGUCAAGCGAGUAGCAAGGGUACCCCUUCACCUCUUGGUCAAGCAAGUAGCAAGGGUACCCCUUCACCAGUUUCUAAUCCUAUGAUACCUCUUUCAUCGCCGCUUUGGAACAUAUCUACUCCUGGUGAUGUUUUGCAGUCCAGUGGCUUGCCAAGAAUACCGGUUCUUGAUUACAAGCAAACACUUCCUCCCAUGCAUCCAUUUCAAACCCCACCUACACGGGGUUUUAUUGGACAUAAUUGGCUAUCUCAAACCCAUUUUCCUGGUCCUUGGGUUGCUUCUCCACAGACUUCCACUUCUGAUGCCAAUGCUCGUUUCUCUGUGUCGCCUAUGACAGAGACAGUUAAAUUAAACCCGGUUAAAGAAUCAUCUGUUCUUGUUACCUCUGAAGCAAAGUAUGCAUCUCCUAUUACCUUGGUCCAUAGCAGUGGUCCUGGUGUUAUUGCAGCGACUUCAUCCCUCUCCGACAUGAAAAGGACUGCUGUAUUGCCUAGUCCUAAUUCCACUGGUCCUAAGGCAAGAAAAAGGAAAAAGGUUGAUGCUUUUGAGGAUCUUGGUCAGAUCUCUUUGCUCGCUCAAACUCGGACAGAAUCAGUAUCUGCUCCUAUUGUUGCUAGUCAUUUUUCUACGUCAGUCAUGGUAUCCACUCCAAAUAUUUUUGCAUCUAAAGCCGAUGCAGUUAAAAUUGUCGCAUCUGUUUCUCCUUCAUCUUCCACUGAUCAUCCAAAAACAACGGAACAGAACGUAAAGCAGAAUGUUAUGUCAGAGGAUACUUUAAGUAAAGUUGCAGAGGCUAAGCAACAUGCCGAAGAUGCAGCUACUCUCGCUGCUGCUGCAGUAAGUCACAGCCUAAGUGUGUGGAGUCAGUUGGAUAAGCUGAAGAACUCUGGGUUGACUCCAGAUGUUGAAGGUAAGUUAGCUUCUGCGGCAGUUGCAGUUGCAGCGGCUGCUUCUGUUGCAAAGGCAGCAGCUGCAGCUGCUGAGAUUGCAUCGAAUGCUGCACUCCAAGCAAAAAUGAUGGCUGAUGAAGCGUUGGCCCCUGGCAGAACUAGCAAUCCUGCUCAGGGUUCUGCAUCUUCUCUUUCUGCAGUGAACAAUUUUGGAAACGCUUCUCCUGCUUCCAUUUUGAUGGGAGGGAAUGUGAGCACCUCUUCCAGUUCCAUAUUAGUUGCUGCUAGGGAAGCUGCUAGAAAGAGGGUUGAAGCUGCUUCAGCUGCAUCAAAACAGGCUGAAAACUUGGAUGCUAUUUUAAAAGCUGCUGAGUUGGCAGCAGAAGCAGUUUCACAAGCAGGAAAAAUUGUUGCCAUGGGCGAUCCUUUGCCUUUGAGUGAAUUAGUAAAAGCUGGUCCAGAUGGCUAUUGGAGAGUUCCACAACAGCCCCCGGAACAGGGGGUAGUAUCGAAUAACGAGAAUAGAGAACGAUCUGAAGUACGUAUCAUCGAAAAUUGUCCUCAUGUUGCCAAGGAGGCACCAUCAGAGCCAAAGAUUGUAAACCCUCAUUUGGCACCUCCGUCAGGAGAGGUCCCCAGGGAGUCAAUAGAAGAUCAUGUGAGGGCAGCUGAUGGGUUAUCAAGCUCCCUUAAAACCAGACAGACAGAUUCUAGAGCAAAAAGGAGUCGUAGGGCGUUGGACCUAUCCAAAACCAUAGGCGUGGUUCCUGAAUCUGAGAUUGAGUCAAGAACUGUUUCCAUCACUGCUCAAGAUGAAUAUGAAAAGGAAGGGGAGGUUGUCGAGGAGGAGACCGGCAUAAAGGACGGUUGCCUUGUGGAGGUUCGAAAAGAUGGUGAUGGGUUUAAAACAGCUUGGUUCUCAGCCAAUGUUUUGAGCUUGAAGGAUAGAAAAGCUUUUGUUAGGUACACUGAACUCCAAUCAGAUGAAGGUUCAGGGAAGCUAAGGGAAUGGGUAGCGCUUGAAGGUGAAGCCAACAAUGCACCCAGAAUACGCAUUGCCCAUCAUAUUACCGCCUUGCAAUUUGAAGGAACUAGGAAGAGACGCAGAGCGGCCAUGGGAGAUUAUCAGUGGUCUGUUGGAGAUAGAGUUGAUGUGUGGAUGCAAGAUUGCUGGAGAGAGGGAGUUCUCACAGAAAAGAACAAAAAGGAUGAGAGUAUAUUAACUGUCCAUUUUCCAGCUGAAGGGGAAACUUCAGUUGUUAAAGCUUGGCAUCUACGGCCGACACUCAUUUGGAAUGAUGGGGAGUGGAUUGAAUCCAGAUCAAAAGACAAGGGCCCUUCUACCCAGGGAGACACGCCUCAGGAAAAGAGAUUAAAGUUGGGCAUUCCUGCAAUAGAGAACAGAGAAAAGGAUAAGAUGUCUAACAAUAUUGAAUUUGGAGAAUCUGAGAAGCCUGAAGAGUCACGCUUACUGCCAUUAUCUGCCAAUGAAAAAGUAUUUAACGUUGGUAAGAACAUUGAAGAUCAGAAUAAGCCUGGUGCUCUUAGAACAUUACGGACUGGUCUUCAGAAAGAAGGGUCAAGAGUGGUUUUUGGUGUUCCUAAACCUGGAAAGAAAAGAAAAUUUAUGGAAGUAAGCAAACAUUAUGUUGCAGAGAGGAGCAGCAAAACUAAUGAAUCAAAUGAUUCGGUUAAAUUUGCAAAGUAUCUGAUGCCCCAAGGAUCAGGACCUCGUGGAUGGAAAAAUACUAAAAUAAUUUCAAAGGAAAAACAGGCAACUGAAUCCAAGACUAAGGUUCUGAAGUCUGGAAAAUCACUUAGCGUUUUCGGCAGAACCCUACCUCAGAAGGAUAAGGUUUCUGCUCAAAAUGAUGGCCCUGCCAUGGAUCAUAUGAUCAAGGAUUCUGGUAUCACCGAUGAGAAUGUAUCAAGAAAGCAGAGAUUGGUAGAAUUUGGAGCAUUCUCUAAACCUGAAGGAUCUGCAGAAGGCCCAGCCUUAUUUUCAUCACUAGCUCCUUCAUCAGAUGCUCCUUCAAAGAAAACGUCCACGUCAAAUACCAGAUCUGAACGGGGUAAUGGAGGAAAACUUGCACACUCUAGCGGAAAGUUGGCUAAAGGUGAGGUGGACAAACUCGAUUAUGGUAACCCAGGGAAAUCAAUAUCUGAAACUGCGGAGCCGCGCAGAUCAAAUCGCAGAAUUCAACCAACAUCAAGGCUAUUAGAAGGAUUGCAAAGCUCACUCGUAAUCCCAAAGUUUCCUGCUGUUUCACAUGACAAAAGUCACCGAAACCAGAGCAGGGGUGGUACUUCUUCUAAAGGGAAUAACCAUGGUUGACCAGAGCUUCCAAAAGAAUGGUGAUCUUGGCCAAUGAAAUCCGAAGAAUGUUGAAUGACUAGAAAACCUGCACAGUUUGUGUGUAUAUUUAUGGUAGAAUAGGAAAGUAGGAAGGGAAAUUCUCACCUCCUGAAGGUUCCAAUGUGAAAUUUAGUUCGUUGAUGUCAUAUUGGUUUUAGUUGUCACACACAGUUAUCGUCUCUGUAGGCUUUUGCUGUAAUAGGUUUGCAGAUGGAAACUACCCAUGUAGUUGGAUUAGAAUUGCUGGAAUUUUCGUAGUCGAUUGAUCGUUAACGUUUGGUUGCUUCGUAUUGGAUUCUAGUUUCUGACA